AUGGAUAGAUUACACGCCCUCGAAGCUGCGCUCGACAGGAUUGUGCUAGACCCAAAGUACCAUGAUAUCCUCACACUGGUAAAAGGUGUAAGGAAUGGCAUUGUGUACGGAAGUAAAGUGCGCUUUCCGCAUGCGCUUGUAAUGAUCUUCCUCUUCAGAUCUGGAAGUUUCCGAUCGAAAUGCUUGCUCGUCUACAAAGCGACCCGCCAACACGCCCGUAACCUCGGCCUCUUCGCCCUCGUCUACAAAUCCUGCAUGAUCUUCCUCCGACACGCGUCCCCGACCGGCAAAGAGCGACACUACGAUUCCUUCCUCGCCGGCCUUCUAGGCGGCUACACCGUCUUUGGUCGCACAAUUCACAAUUCCGUGUCUCAGCAAAUCGUCAUAUACGUAGCUGCACGCGUAUUGUUAGCGCUGGCAAAGCUGGCAGUACAACCACGACAGGUCGGAGGCGGAGCUAGUGGACAAGGAGUUCAAGGAGGAGGUGGUGGAUGGGAGCUGUUCGGUAAUGGCGAGAUGAGGAGAACGAUGGCGAAGAACGGAUGGCCGGUUUUUGCCAGUCUGAGUUGGGCGAUGGUUAUGUAUAUUUUCAGGUGGCAUCCUGAGGCUGUGCAGAGCAGUUUGAGGAGCAGUAUGAGUUAUAUGUGGGUAUCUCUUGAAGCUGAAAGCAUAUGGGAUUACGCUAACGUGUGGACAGUUAUGUUCAGUCGGACGAUUGGAACUCGUUACGGACAUUACUUUGGCAUAACAAAUGAGCAAAGUGGAGAGGAAGGGCAUCGAGAAAGACUGCUCGAUCUUCUUACUGGCGCCACGAUGUACGACCACGAUGAUCCGAACGACCCCUCCCACCAGCCGGCUCUAGAUAGCCCAUCCUCUGAUAGACCGCCCCAAUUCAAAUGGAGAAAUUGUGGCUACGACUGCGGAGAAGGGUGCGAGAAGGCCAGCGACGACGAAGGUGGCGGAGUGAGCGACGACGAGACAGCCGUUGAUGCAGACGAAGAACCGUACUUGAUGACGGCGUCCCACGAUGAGGAUAUCAGAGUUUUCCAAGAUGCAGACGAUGCCACGACACACUCUUCAGACCUAAACCCCACAGAUACGGUCCAAGACUGUGCCGCCAUGUCCGACAGCAUGGUCGUCGAACCCUGUGCCACAAUCGACCACAGUCCAGUAGCAUCUGCCGGCGGCAGCGCUCGAAGCCGAUCACCCGACCCGGGUGUUCUUUAUUGGGUUGCCCACAGCAUGCCGGUUGCCACGCCGUUGCCUAUUGAGUACUUUUUUCUGCAGUCGCCGCUGCGUCUCAGCCCCCAGUACGAGCAUUGCCGCGGAGACCCAGCGAGUCACCUUGUCAUGCCGGAUCGCUCGCCCCUCUGGUAUCUGGUGGAGCAGUCGUGGAACGGGUAUUCGCCGGCUUAUGGAUACAUCUCGCCGCCAUAG